CGUCAAUUCAGAGCGGCGCCUGCUCGUUCAGGCCUCAGGCGGCACCGCGGCUGAGUCGGGCCUGCCCGGAACCCUCGCUUCUUAGCCUGCUCGGGGAGCUGCGGGAAGCCAGAGAAAAUGCCACGUGCAAAAGCAGUUCAGGCUGGAAGACAGGGUCCUGCAAAGAGACGCCUUGCAGAGCAGUUUGCUGCUGGGGAGAUCAUAACCGACAUGUCUAAAAAAGAAUGGAAACUAGGACUGCCCAUUGGCCAGGGUGGCUUUGGCUGCAUAUAUCUUGCGGACACAAAUUCUUCCAAACCGGUUGGCAGUGAUGCACCCUGUGUUGUGAAAGUGGAACCCAGUGACAAUGGACCUCUUUUCACUGAAUUGAAGUUUUACCAGCGGGCUGCUAAACCAGAACAAAUUCAGAAAUGGAUUCGUACACAUAAAUUGAAGUACCUUGGUGUUCCUAAGUAUUGGGGAUCUGGUCUACAUGAUAAAAAUGGAAAGAGUUACAGGUUUAUGAUAAUGGACCGCUUUGGGAGUGACCUUCAGAAAAUAUAUGAAGCAAAUGCCAAAAGGUUUUCUCGGAAAACUGUUUUGCAGCUAAGCUUAAGAAUUCUGGAUAUCCUGGAAUACAUCCACGAGCAUGAGUAUGUGCACGGGGACAUCAAAGCCUCCAACCUUCUUCUGAGCUACAAGAACCCUGACCAGGUGUACUUGGUAGACUAUGGACUUGCUUAUCGGUACUGCCCAGAUGGAGUUCAUAAAGAGUACAAAGAAGAUCCCAAAAGAUGCCAUGAUGGCACACUGGAGUUCACCAGCAUCGAUGCGCACAAUGGCGUGGCCCCAUCACGACGUGGCGAUUUGGAAAUACUUGGUUAUUGCAUGAUCCAGUGGCUCAGUGGCUGUCUUCCUUGGGAGGAUAACUUGAAAGAUCCCAACUACGUUAGAGAUUCUAAAAUUAGAUACAGGGACAAUGUCGCAGCUUUGAUGGAGAAGUGCUUUCCUGAGAAGAACAAGCCAGGUGAAAUUGCUAAGUACAUGGAAACUGUGAAAUUACUGGACUACACUGAAAAACCUCUUUAUCAAAAUUUACGUGACAUUCUUUCACAAGGACUAAAAGCUAUAGGAAGUAAAGAUGACGGUAAACUGGAUUUUAGUGCUGUGGAGAAUGGAAGUAUGAAGACAAAGCCAGCUUCAAAGAAGCGGAAGAAAGAAGUAGAAGAAAGCACGGCGUGUAGUGUGGAAGACAUGGAGUGCUCGGAUACACAGGUGGAAGAGGCCAUACAGACUCGUUCAAGAACCAGAAAGAAAGCCCAGAAGUAAGCGAGCUGCCAGGAAUCAACUCUUCUGCAUACUCAUUUGACUUUUCUCCUUUUCUACUUCAUGUGUUAUUUUCAUGUGAGUCUUGUGGGGUCGUAGUGAUAAUUAAAUGGCUAUUUUUUUAAAAACAAACUUUAUUAAAAUGAAUAUUUUGUGUACUUUA